ACACUCGUAAUAAUAACAAUAAUACUACUCUAUGUCUCGGGGUUGUGUUGAAAGAUAUCGGACUUGACGUCCCGAGACUCUACUGCAGUCCCAAACGCGACACGUUCACCUUCUUCGAGUGUUUCCGCUGAUUGCAUUUCCCCGAGAGAGUCGAAUAUUUUCAGGGCAUUUUAUCAUCGGCCGUCUUCACCUCUGACAUCUCGCGUCAGCGGUCCUCCUUUCCAAGAAUACGAGCCGCGAUAACUCGUCGAUGUCAGUGUCAAGAGUGCACAGAGCUCGCUGAUAAAAUCUGCUGCGGCCGCGGUGCAACGUGGUACAAAACUGUAAGAACGGCGAUUCGCGACCGCAUUCGCGCUGUUUCUCGACACCGGCCGAUCAAUCGCUCUCGAGAUGUCGCGAUACCUUCUGCUGUUCUCGCAAGUCGUCGUCUUGGUGUUCUCAGCGAGUAUCGUCGAGCAUGAGGAGGAGACUCCAGCGAAGAUCCCGACCUGCGUGGUCGAAGAAGCUUACAACAUCUGUCACUACAAGGGCGUACUCGUGGAGGUGACGCAGCGUCGGUCCGAGGAUCGAUUGGAAAUCGGCGAUUUGGACCUCCUGGCGAUCCGGGAGGACGCCUUUAAGAAUGUCACGGCGACGCACCUGUAUCUAAACUUCGGUAAUCGAAUAUCCGUGCUGAAGAGGGGAUCCUUCCGCGGUCUGCCGAGGUUGAAGUGGCUCCACUUGGACAGCAACGUGGUGUCGUUGUCGGCGCACCUGUUCGCCGAACUGGAGCACCUGCAAUCGUUGUCGCUGGUCUUCAACAAGAUCAACUCGAUACCGGCUGACUCGUUCGCCGGCCUGCCGAACUUGAUGUGGCUCUACCUCGGCCACAAUGACAUCGCCGCGAUCGACGCGGACUCCUUCUCGAAUGCCAAUCCUGAACUGCUGUACCUGUGGCUUAACUACAACAAGAUCAGCCGGCUUGCGCCGGGCGCCUUCGCCAGGUUGACCGGACUGAAUCGCCUCCACUUGGACUACAAUCAGCUGGAGGGCUUACCGGCCGGCGCUUUCCAAGGGCUCAGCAAGCUGGAGGAUCUCUACCUAAAUAACAAUCGGAUAACGAGCAUCUCCGGGGCGCUCUUCCGUGACCUAGUCGACCUGAAGAGACUCCAUCUUCAGCAGAACGAGAUCAGCUCUCUCCAGGCCGGGACGUUCCACGAGCUGUCUCAGCUGGAAGAACUGUUCUUGGAAGGGAAUAAGUUGUCUCACAUUGUAGCCGGCUCUUUCACAGGACUGUCUGAACUGCUGGUACUGAAUCUAUCCGACAAUAACAUUCGCACGGUAGACGACGGCGCCUUCGAGAAUCUCGUUAAACUGCAACGACUCGAGGUAGACGGUAACAACAAUACCGAGGCCCUCAAGCAGAUCCACGUCUCGUCCACGGCGUAAACAUCAUUGGCCGCACGGAGAUCUUUUUCUUAUCGUAGAAUAAAAAGAAUAAACACUUGUCUGCGCCUUCCGGCAUCGCUUCGAGAAGCAGUCAUUACGAUACAAUUGGGACGCGUACGGGCUUAUCAGUGGCGUGCGAACGGACAGGGGGUGGGAGACAGGGGGAAGAGGAGGGGUAAGAAAAACGAUGUAAGCGCAUUAUUAUACCUCUUGUACUCUCAAACACACUCUUGACAAUAUAACAACUUAUAUAUCUGAAAAACGAUGUUGGA